UGGCGCAAAAGCACAGAAUCGGACAAUGUAGUUCGCUCACUCUCAACUGUCAUGGUGCAUCUCCUGUAGAAGACUACAAUUCCCAGCAUGCUGCGCCCUAAGUUUAAGCCCUAUGUUUUUCCUGCACCGACGCGGCUCGUUCAAGUUUCAAGAGCAACUGGAAGUGUUUGCGACUGGACUGAACAAAACAAACCGAGCUUUUCUACGAUGCCUCUUUAAGAAGUGCAGUUUUCUUGCUGGACUGCAGCAUUCUCUUCCUCACAGUGAAGAGUUUGUGAGCUAACUAGCUAGCCGCACUUGUUGCUAUCAGAGGAGCAUCACACAACAACAAUGUGAAAAGUGAUUUAUUGGAGGAAGCACGGUGUUGGUGAUGUCCUCGGGCAGAUUUGAAGAUUUUCUCAGAUGAAAGAACGAAGAGACCAAAGAUGAAAAGUGGCGGCGGAAGAGAGCGAUGUCGUCGCAGUCGUUUUUCAGACCUCUCCAGUCACUCCGAUCUGGCUUGGACUAUGGACACGUCCAGCGAGUCUGAGUCUGGCGGUCUGAGGAGGGAACACAGGCUGGACAGUCGUGAGACACACCGCAAAGAGAAGGAUGGCAGUCGAGCAGGUGGAAGUUCUGGUGACGGCCCUGGCGCUGACAUUUCUGUGAAGAUGAACACCUUGGUUAGCACGUUACAGGACACCAGUAGAGAUCUUUCCAAGGUGGAUCAGAUGCUGGGCCAAUACAGGGACCGCACUGAUCAUCAGGCCCAGGCCAUGGCAAAACUUCAAGAAGACCUGAAGGAGUCCAUCAGUCAUUUGCGGGCGCAGCGCGUGACUCACCCCAACGGUGCUCACACCGCUUCGCCCUCCUCUCUCCACAACAGCGACCUUGACAAUGGCUCGGGAUCAGAGGAAAAGUGUUUCCCCCCGAACUCUCCGCUGAGAGACUGCGCAACAAGUCCAGGGAGGAGAAGACGGUCACACUCUGCUGGUGUUCGCUUCAAGAACAGCAGCCUACCAGAAGAAGAUAUCCACAUGCUGCACAGAUCCCUCAGGGACCUGCAAUCUGACCAGAAGAGACUAGCGGUGGAUCUUGACAGAGAAAUCCUCAGGAGGAAUAGGUCUGAAAUUGACACCCGCCGAGCCAUGGAGAACCUUACGGAGUUCAUGACGUCUUCUCACCAGGGUUCAGUGUCAACUCAAGUACAGCAACGGUUACAGGAGCUGGAGAGGGAGAGGAGCACAGACAGACAAUGGCAACCUGCAUCUCACAGCGCCUCUUCUGAUGAACUGCAGACCUCAGGGAGACGUAAAGUUCACGUGUGCAAAAAAGAGGACGCUGAAACAUCAAGACUGCAGCAAGCAGAAAGGCUGAAAUCCAAGAUGGAGCAGGAGCUGGAGAGAGCACAGAGAAUGCUGGAGCAAUCGGAAGACAGCAGAGAGUCUCUUGUUUUACAGGUGAAAGAGAUGCGGGAUGAGCUGCUGCGAGCAAGAAAAGAGAAAGCAGAACUCCAGAGUAUCCCAGUUGAGACGCCGCGGCAGCCUGCUCAGCUGCAUAGUAAUGGAGCGAGCUGGGAGGACGGAAGAAGCGGAGUGCGAAGACCAGAUUAUUCUGAACUGGAAAAAGAAGUGGCGGAGUUGAGAGUUCAGCUGUGCAAGGCGUCGGUCCAGAAUGAAGUUGACGAUUUGAAAAGAGCUCUGGACCGCAAAGAGAUGGAAAAGGCUAAGCUGAGUUUACAAGUGGAGGAACUGUCUUCAAACCUGGCACGAACAGAGCAGCAGCAGCUGCAGAUGCUGGAGCAGCUGAAAGACAUUCAGUGCCGAGUGGAGGCAGAGAGGAGAGAGAAGGAGACUUUGCUGCAGCAGAGCACGAGUAGCAGAGACGAAUUGAAGACCAGGGCCCAAGAGGCUAUCCACCGAUGGAGGGCGAAGUGCAAGAGACUGCAGAAGGAGCUGGACGAGUGGAGGGAGCAGGCUCAAUCCCAGGCCGGGGGGGCCUUGAGUGCAGCAAAGGAGAAAGAGAUCUCAGAGGCCCAGUCGAAGGCGCUGAGCCAGCAGGCCGAAGCGGCCCGCAGGGAACUCGCUGAAAUCCUCGGUCGCUUGGCCCAGCGUGAGGAAGAGCUCCAUCGCAAGGACGUGGAGCUGUCAAAGACCUGCCAGCGCCAGUUGUCAUUGGAGCAGGAAAUCCGAGAGGUGAAAGCAACAUCCGCUACGCUUCAGGAUGAGAACCUGUGUCUCUCAGACAUCCAGGCCAGACUAAGGGAAGAGAACCAAAGACUUGAGCUGCGGCUUGAUGCACACUUGCAGAGCUCUCAGAAGGACAAGAACUCUCAGACUGAACUCCAACAGGAUCUGAAGCGGAUGACCUCGGCACACGCCCAGCUCGUCCAGCAGCUGGCUGAGGAAGAAAGAAACACUAAGAAGCUGCAGCAAAGCACAGUGGAAGUGCAGACGAAGCUGACUGCAGUGCAGGAGGAGCGGAGAACUCUUGCUGCGCAGCUCCAGCUGCAGAAGGAGGUGCACAUGAAGGAGAUGGACAACAUGAAGGCUAUGGCUGAAGAGAGCCAGUCAAAAAAGGAUCAUGAACUUCAGGAGAAACUCAGACGCUGCUCUCAGGAGCGGGAUGAAAUCCAAACACAGUUGAAGAAAGUAAAGACAGAUGCAGCAGCGGACAAGGAAACGUGUGAGGUGUUGCGCAUCAAGCUGGAUAGGCUCAAGGAUGAGUGCCAUAAGCUGACUUUGCAGUUGAGAGCAAAAGAGGAAUCCCAUUCACUGGUCCAACAGAAAUACAAGCUACUCAAAGAGGAACUUGAUGACAAAGUCAAGUCUGAUGACCAAAGGCGAGUCACAAAAUUGGAGCUUGCUAACUUGGGGGAGAAAAUAUCACGCAUGGAGACGGAACAGGAGUCUAUUCUUACGUCAGUGGGUGAGGAGCUGGAUGCAGCCUGCCGUAGCUUGGCGAAGAACGGCGAAGAUAAGAUACAGGCAAUCUUGCAGAAACCGGGAUUAGUAAAAGAUGCACAUCGCUGGUUUGCUGAGACAAAGUCCAAGCUCCACUGGCUGUGCGAAGAGGUUCAGGAGCGCGAUCGUGCUGAGAAGCGUCUGAUGCGGCAGCAUCGGCAGACCAGGGAUCAGCUGAGAGCCUUAAAGCAGAGCCAGGACACAGACAAGUCAGCCCUCCUGCAGCGUCUGGAACAGCAGGAGAAGCUGCUGGAGUCUUUGAACGCUGAAAAGAAAGAUCUGUUGGAAAGGAUCCGACAAAAGGAUCAGGAUAUGAGAAGCCUUCAGGAUCAUGUUUUGGAUCUGGAAAAGAACACAAGAAUAGCCUUGGAUUACUUGGAAAAAAUUCCAGAGAAGCAAUGUCUGAUGGAUGACUUCAACGACUUGGAGGAGUUUCAGCGUCAGAAGGAGCUGGUCGAGCGGCGGUUCACCAAAAACAAAGAAAAGGUUUGGGACCUGCAGCAUCAGAUCGAGGAGUGCAAACGCAAAGUCCAGGACUGCAUAGACGAGAAGCUGGAUGUAACUUCCAGGAGUCUGAGACUGGCAGCUCUUUCUUCCUCCAUCAAAGGUGGCAGCUCCCUCCAGAGAAGCUCUCUUCAUUUGGACAGCUUGUCACAUCGCCAGCUCCGGAGUGGCUUGGACUUGGAUGACACAGCAGACUCCGGAGCCCAACGAUUCCCGGAUUAGGUUGCCCUGAGUCGAACUUUUUCGUUUUUAAAUCAAGGAGCCCAAACACUGGAUGCUAACAGCUCCUUCCACCAGCCCGAGGGGCCGUCCAGGCACAAGCAGGAGGUCUCACUCUGACCUGGAAUUCUCCUCCACUACCUCGACCAGCCUGUCACUGAAGAUGCUGGAAGCCAAAGGUCAAACUGUUCCUGAAUAUUAUGCGAAAUAAGAUGUUACACUUGAGAUACACUGCUUGUAUAAUUUACAAACCAUUUUCUAUAUGUGUCUAAUCUUAACACCAUCUACGGAUUAUAUUUGUAAAUGUUAUUUUGUAUGAAUUAUGGAGGUGUUAACGCACCACAAAUAAAUGUCUAUGCAUCUUUUUUUUUUUU